AAGGUCAUAUGGGCGUGACGCUCGUAUCUGAUUUGGACGAUUUCGAGCAUUCCAGUGAAGGAAAGCGCACCUUAAGCCAGACUUCUGAAAGCAAUCAGGCUAAUUUAGGUGUUCCCAAAUCAAGAGAAGUUUCUCUUAACUAUCUGAGAGGAAAAAUUGCAAGGCACGAUUCUUUUGAAAGGCCAAGGCAAAACUCCCCAAUUACUACUGAAAACUGGAGUAUAGAUCGAGGUGUUGAGCUAAAUGCGGCCAACAACAGUGAUGGUGUAGAUCUCAAUGAAAAUGAUAGCAUUUCUAAAGGUGCUGGCGACUUCGCUGCUAAGGCCACCCGGAAAGAAAGUGGCUCUCCAGCUUUUUCAGGUGGAACCACAGAAGUGAGUAUGGAUACAGAUGAUACCUGGAAGGGAGAUGAUGUGAGUCAUCAGAGAGACGAAAUGGAUAUCGCCAGCCUAGAACCUAACAGGACACCAGGUAUUGGUUUGGAAGCAAAUGAGGAGACCGCUUAUGUGAAAAGUGCUGAAAAUGAUAUGGAAAUUGCAAAGCAACCAUGCAAGAGAAAGGAUUUCCCUUCGUUUCUUGAUUCACAAAACGAAACCAAGAGAAAGGCGGCCAAGGAAGACAAACGUGAAACAGGGUACUCCAAGAAAAUAAAGCGUCUUUCAGAAACUUAUACUGAGGGAGACGAACUUCUUCCGACGAUAAAAAGUGAAUUCUCUUUGAAACCUUUCAGUUCGACUCUACAACGUUUAGAACGAAACUCAACUGAAAGACCUGAAGAACACCGGACAACAACCUUUGGAUAUCCAAGAAGUUUGUACCAAGAAACGGCUUGUGGGGAGAAAGCUUCCAAAAGAUAUUUCCACACAGAGCAAGAUCAGGGAAGGGCGAACUCUUCGACAGAAGAUGUUAGCCGAGAAACAUUUGUGAGAAGCGACCAUUUCAGUACUUCGUAUCCUUCGCAAACGACAAGCAGUCAAGGAACGUUGAAAUCCACUUCAUUUCUGGAAUCGACGACAGAUCGGGCCCUUGCCUUAGCAGACCAUGACGACAAAAGUAUCUCUCUUAGUCCAGAGUUGGAGAAUGAUUUUGCGUCAACACAUGGGAUAUCGAGGGAAGAAAUACGGGAACCUCAGGGUUCCUUUACAGCUCCUUCUUCAGAAGAUGGUGCCAAAAUGUUUGAGCUGAUGUUGGAACGAAGUGCACAGAAGAGAUUGACCGAAGAAAUGCCGCAAUCCAGUUCAAGCACUCAUCGGAAGUCUUCGAUUCAGCCUUCUAUGGAAAGUGUCACCACCUCAGUGCUAGAGUUGGAAGGGAAGAGCCAAAGGAGACUUCUAGGAGAAAUCCCAGAUAUCAGUUCUCGUAGUUCUUUGAUAGCCCCUUUGGAGACUAUUGCGUCUUCAGGACCAAAGGUGGAAGGCAGUGGACAGAAGAUAUUAAUAGAAAAGAGUUCGGAAAUCAGUUCCAGAGAACAAGAGAGUUUCUUGGCAGAUCCUUCUUGUAUAGAGAGAGGCACAUCUUCAAAACCAGAGAUAAAAGGCAAUGAACAAAGGAAAGCGACGGAUCCUAUCCCACAAAUUAGUUCUAAUGGUCAUUCGACCUCCUUACCAGCGCCAUCUUCUGAGGAAAGUGUCACAUCUUCAAAGCGAAAGUUUGAAGCCAGUGGACAUUCAGUGUUGACUCCUGAAAUGCCAAAAACAGUUUCCAGCUAUUUUCAGAGUUCCCCGACCGCGCCCUCUUUUAUUGAAACGUCCACAUUUUCAGAACCAAAGUUGGAAGGAAGAGAGAUUAGUAGAUUGAAUGAAGAAAACCCGGGAACUAGCUCCAGAGAUGAACAAAGUUCCUCGACAACACCCUCUUUAAAAGAGAGUACCGCAACUUCAAAUUCAGAUUUUGAAGGCAAUGAAAAGUUGGUAGACACGGAAAAAAUAUCUAAAAUCAGAACUAUCGACCUUCAAAGCUGUUUUAAUGCGCCUCCCAAGGAGACCUACGCAUCAUCAAAACCCAAACUGGAAAGCAAGAUUCUAGAAAACAUUCCGACUCCGGACAUCGGUGGUCGAAAUAGCGAUGGGGAUGACUCCAAGUUUUCUGACUUUUCCAGGAAGGAAAAUAACCUCCAUGUCCCUAUCCUGCCUGGGGAUGAAGUAGUUGUGUGGGAUGACAUCGAGUCUAAAUCUUUCUCCACAGGCCAUUCGUUAAUCUUAAACAAUGACAAUGAAGUUCCAGAUGCUGAUAAAGAUGCUGAGAAGAAGCUACGAUCUCUCAAUACGCUCACAGACGCUUUCCUCAAGGAGGAUGAUAACAGGAAAAACCUAACAUCGUCAACAGGAAUUCCCACUUGGACAGAAACUUCACGACUAGAGAAGAUCGUUAACACGCCGUACAGAUACCCUAACGAUGAAUCAAGAGCUAAUAGCUCUUCUGAAGAAUUUGGCAGCUACGUUGAGCGAGAUGCAGAUUCCUUAGAUCCUAAAACUGAUCACGAAGACAGAGAAUUUAGCAAUAAGGAGCUAUGCGUAGUGGAGAAUGUUUGUUAUGUAGCUUCUACCGACAACGAUUGUCAGUGGGAAGACGGAUCUCAAAGCGUGAAGCUUGACGGUGAUCUUUUGGUCGAAAGAAAUGCCUUUUUCUCCGAACAGGAGAUGGGUUCAAGUCCCUCCGAAUCCCUAGAAAUUAGAAAGACAGAUGACGGUUUAGUCUGCGACGAGGAAAUGAGAGGCAAUGAUGUAAACGAGAUUUCUUGUACUUAUGACAUGGAUGAAUACUCUUCUGAAGAUCAGGUGAUCGAAGUCUAUGGAAACGAUGCACCGUACUCGACGUAUCCUGAAAACAGUUACUCAAGUUCAGGAGAUAUUAACAUGAAAACUGAAAGUGACGCCCUUGCAUAUGUAGGAAGCAAGGUUGUGAGUGAGGAAAUCCGUGAACCAGCUGAAACGAGAAAAAUUCACCUGGUGCAACCAGCAGACGGAUUAAGUGGACGCUCGUCAUAUGGUUCUGAUCACACUGAAACACCGAAGGAAAAUGAAAGUUUUUGUGAAACAGAGGCCAAUUUUGGGAUAAAGGAAGUUUGUCAUCAAAGACUUUUAACCGUUUCAGCUACAUUCCCAUAUUCUAACUCAGAAGAAAAUUUCGAAAUUGCUCCAUUAUAUGAACACUAUACCGACUAUUCAGCCGUGCAGGGUCUUGACAAGCAAUGCCAAGUAGAAAUCCUACAGGAUAAUUUCCAGAAGUACGAAUCAAGGGAAAGUCAGACUUCUUUUUUGAACGGUGCUACAGAUACGGGAUGUCAAACAUAUAAGGUCAGCGACUUACCUAAUCUUAGAGGCACAUUGCAAAACCAAAGUAUCGAAUGUCAAACGGAGUUACCUACCAUUUGCUGCGUCAGGUGCGGAGGCCCUGUAGAUUCAUUCGAAAUUCACGAUAAGCUACCAGAGGAAUGCCGAUACACUGAGAGAGAAUCCCAGACAAUCUCUGGAUAUGGGCAUAUUUCGACAUCAUCGAAGGAAUGUCAGACAAGUCCUGCAAGAGAUGAUUUUGCACAAUUACUACUUCAUCAAAGCAGUGCUAAGAUUACUGGGAAUAAAGCAGUUGAAGAUAUUUCCUUUGAAAGCAAGGGAUGUCAAACGUCUCAGAAGAGCCUUCUGUUAAUCACUGGCGGAGCGCAGGCCCCUCAGGGAUGGACAUCAUAUUACAAGGCUGGCGUUUCGGACAAAGAAAUCCAAACAUCAUCUAAUGUUGUGCUCGUUUCAUCACCAGCCCAGUGCGACAUACUUCCCUUCACUGAUAUUGGUGACGUAGCUGCACGAGAAAACGAAACAUCCCGGAUUGUUUCCUUCGAUACAAAAGAGUGUCAAACAGUGCGUGACCUUGAACUUCUUUUGGCGACGUCCAAACAUUGUCAGACCUUUUCUUUCGAAACUAUAAGCGCUGGGAACGGAAAUAGACCAACACUCGACAGCAAAGGAUGCCAAACUCUCCCCGCCAGUCAAACCGAGUCAAAGGAAUGCCAGACAGUGGAGGAAGUUAUAUGGGAUACAACUGAUGCUGCUAAAAGUUCUAAGGAUGAUCAAAGCGUUAGUAAUGUCAGCGUACAGUGCCAAACAGUAUCUGACUCAACAAAUGAACUAUAUCAUCCAUUGUGGGACCGUUUCGAUUCGAUGGAAGUGGGUGGCGAGGAUGCUAGAAGUAAGUCCUCUGACCCUCUUCAUCGAAAUGCGCUUACCAUAAGUUGUGAAAACAAAGGAAGUCAAACAAAGCCUGAGAGAGAUAUCCUCCUUACAUCUUCAAAACUCUGCCAGACGACAAUUUUAGACACGGCUAUGGCCUGUAAGAACAAAGAAAGCCAGACGCAACUGGAUGACGAAAUCUUCUUAAUUUUGCCAAAAGCAUGCCAAACAAUACCAUACGGUUUGGACGAUACGGAUUCAAAGUCUUCCAUUGAUGGGCCUAUUGGCUCUCAAGACUUUGAAUUAUCUCUUGCUGAAGGCAGCGACCAGCAAUUAGAGAUCUCCAGUCCGCCAAACCAGAUGGCGUCUCGCCAUCGUCCAGCCACUUAUGGUAAGAGCCCCGACACUAUUGAGGAAUCCGUCGUGGGAUUUCAAUUCUUCCAUGGAAUGGACGAAACAAACCUUUGCAAAAAUAACGGUAUGGAACCACUUUCGCCAGUAAGCUCGUCUGUAGUUGUGGAAGUCUUAGACAAAGGCUGUCAAGCCAUGUUGUGCGAUUGUGGAAACUGCGCUGAACAACAUGCGCACUUGAGCAAUUCUGCUGAAAUGUCAAGUGAUGCUGAGAAAGGGGCGGCUAUGCGAGUGUCAGAAGGUAUGCAAAAGGAACAAGCAAGUCUCAUUAAGCAGCUGGAUAUGCUCAGGGAUAUGAAUCAGAAGCUCAGAGAUGACAAGGAUGCAAUCGAGGCAGCACAUCAAGCGAUGUUAAUGGCUAAAAAGGAAAGAGGAUAUGGCAGUCUCAGUGAUGAGAUUGAAGAAGCCGAGAAAAAGACCAAAGUUUCUCGGCAAGGUUCCCAGAUGUCCAAGUACGUGAGAAAGAGACGUACCCCUGGUGCGGAGGAAACAUGGGGAAACCAAGGUUCCGUGGGAUCGUUAAGUGAAGAGGAAGUAGACGGGCCUAACAUAAGUGAUUCCGCACGACCUCCUGCAAGAAGGCGAUCUAAACGGCGCGACAUGAAGAAACAGGGCUCUGUUUUGCAUUCGUAUUUCCCAAAUGCUGGUACUGGUAAGCAAAGCUCUGCGUCCCUUCCUGACUCCAUACGAGAAGAGGCUGAAUUUGAAGGAGAUCCAACUCUUGAACUCAUCUCAGAUGAGAAGCUGCAAGAGGAAGAGCGGCCGGCUUGGGCCCAAAAGAUACUGUCUUGUGUGCAACCUAAAGAGCCUGUAGAAGAAGAGAGAGAAGAUUCACAGAUGAGGACAAGCGACGAAGAACUCGAAGAAGACGUGUUCAGAACAAGAAAAGCUGAUUUGAUAUCUGGUGAUGGCACCAACAGGUUAAAAACAGGGAAAGAUGACUCCGACAUGUCAUAUUCUGAGGGAUUGAGCGGCGAAACUGGCAGUGAGACAGACGAGAGACCAAACUCCCCACGCGCAGCGCCUGUCGGGAAGGACAAUGAAAUGAAUCGAGUAGGAUCACAGGACAUGAGCGAAGCAGGUGUGUCGACGAUUAGUGAGCCCUCCACACCAGAAAGAGUGUUCAAAGUGGUGUUUGUUGGCGACUCCGGUGUAGGAAAGUCUAGUUUCAUCCACCGGUUUUGCCAUGACGCUUGGAGACCUUCAUUCACUGCAACGAUAGGGGUUGACUUCCAAAUUAAAACGAUGUGUAUAGAUGGCAGAUGUUUUGCACUGCAGCUCUGGGACACUGCUGGCCAGGAGAGAUUUCGAAGCAUCACAAAACAAUACUUCAGGAAGGCGGACGGAGUAAUUGUAUUUUAUGACAUCACCAUGGAGACAUCAUAUCUAAACAUAAAAAACUGGAUGAUAAGCGUAGAGGAAGGAACGGAUGACGGCACAGCUAUCAUGAUUGUUGGUAACAAGACCGAUCUGGUAGAGGAUGACAGCCACCGAGCAGUGCAGAGUCAGGAAGGAAAGAAAUUAGCCGAGGAAUACAAAGCCUUGUACACUGAAACGAGCGCAAAAACGGGGUACAACAUAACGGAAUCGAUGGCGGAAUUUUCCAAAAUGCUGCAAGUGAGGGAAGACGAAUUAAUGCAGAGCGUUUUGAAUCUCGUGCAAGAAAAACCUGGCAAAAAGAAAUGCUGUAAAUAAUAGUUCUUGGUGUCGUAUCGUCAGAUAUUAGGAUCCUCAAUUGUAGCUACGAUGAGACAAAAUCCAAGAUGAAGUCAAAUCCUGGUCUCUUGCUGGAGUGUUCAAACGAUGAUCACCUGACUAUUUUUCAGUCACACAGGGGCAUAUGAUCGAAUUGGAUCCAAGUUCGAUCUUGGAGAAGCUGCUGCGGAGACAGUUGACUUGCACUGAGAGGACGGACAUUGUGAAUCGUUAUAAGAUGCCAAAGUACUUGGUUAGAUUUGCGAUAACAUUCUGAAUCAAAAGUAAUUUUGCCAUCUUUCAAGGACAAUUUUCCUACACUAAGUCAGCUUUUCGUCCUACGUAGCUCUCAAGAUGUACAAAAGCGAUAAAAAAGUGACCGUCUCGAUGACGGAAACCAAAAAAAAAUUUUGGAAAUUUGGUGUCAAACAACGGAAAAAAGGCUCAUGUUUUAUUUAUCCAAUGACUAUUAUUAUUUAUAGUGUAACUUGAUAAAAGCGUUAGUAGAGGAAUAAACUAAACAAGUAUAGGAGGCCGGUAAUGACGGUGUGCCUUUAUAUUUGUUAAGACGACUGUUAAAGUUUCCUUCGUUAAUCGUUGUAUGACGAUCUUAUCUCUUAACGGUCUUAGACUUCCCUAAAAACAAUCUCUGUCUGGCCCGCUAAAUGUCAUGCAGUGUCACUCAAGUUGCUGUGGAAAAAACGGAGUCUAUUUAUGUUUAAUUUGUUUUAAAUUACCUUCUCGUGAGAACGCUCUUCGAAUGAGUGUUGUGAAACCAAAACCAAAGUAAUCACAAUGGCCAAUCAGAAGAAAGAGAAAUACUUUGAAGAGCCAAUGAGAAUUCAAAGUAAAACCAAACGUGGGCAGCUGUGAUUGGUUUACGUUUUCCAUCGUUUUGAUUGGUUGAGAGAGUGGUGUAGAGUCUUUUUUUUUAACCAAUUUCAGAGGGAAAUUAGGCAAAACUAAUGCAAACCCACGUUACUAUCAACCUUCAAGUGAAAACUACACUAAUGUAGCAAGUAUGGAGCUGUUGCAUGUCUGAUGAAGUAACAAAAUUGUACAGAUUUUCGGCAAUACAUCGUCUUGUUUGAGACAUUUCAGGACAUAUUUUGCAUUUUGCAAGGGUGAAACCCAUGUCAUUAAAUUAUUUAAACUUCAGUUUAAGAGCGUUCUUUUUCUAAGGGACAGUCAAGUGAGGUGUUGUUGGUUUUUGGAAAAAAAAUUAGGUUUCAGUUUAGUUGGUUUGAAGUCAAAGGGAUUGAAUAGAGAGAUAAAUUGUCCCAAUAUCUUCCAGUGUUACACUUUGCAGGUAUAAAUUAUUCCGUGGGGGUGUAUCCUCAGUGGGGAACUUCAUUAAGAAUGCAAUAAAAAGUAUUUUUAAUUAA